GUUUUAAGAGUUGGAAUGCGAACCGUGGGCAGAUAGCUGUGACUGGGAAUCUGCAGAUUAAGAGUGUGACCACUGACAGCUGCCCACAGAAAUGAGGUGUGACAGCAGCUCAGAUGACCUCAUUCCCCUUUGCACUGUUUGCACUCGACACUUGAGAGGAUCGAAAGAAAGUGGAAAUGUAGAAGAACCGUUCAGUUGUGCACUUUGUUUUGGUGUAUUGGAUGAUAAGUUUGCUGACGAAGUGGUAGCUGAGGCAAAGAAAAUAUACGAAAGCAGUGGCUAUGAUUCGAAAUCAUUCUUACUUGCAGUCAAUAUGCCUGUUACAGCGAUUCUUCGGGAAUCAUUAUAUGAACUCGCUUAUCGAGAUCCAUCAUCACUUGGCUACUGGUUUAUCACCAUCAUUGAAUUCGGAUUUGACCCUAACUUUUACAUUUGUUAAUAACGAAUUUAACAAAAGCGAUGUUGAUUAUUUGAUGAAGGAAUUUCCCAGUGAUUUCCAAAUAUCGCGGAAAAGAUUGAGAUAUGCUAGCGUGGAUGAUACACUCUUGUCAAUGUAUACAAAGGUGCGGGUUGCAAACGUGACACACAAGCUGAGUCGAGACUAUGCAUUGACUUACAAAAUGGCGUCACCCUCGACACCAUGUUAUUAUACAGUUUCAUUUGAACGUAGUCCAUUGUUCAUAGCCGGGCGAUAUUGCAAAUUUUCCAGAAACAUGUCUCAAAGUCCAUGGUCAGCUUCAACUAAUAUAAGGAAAAUUACUGGACACUCAGUGUCGGAGAAAUUUGAGGCACCAUUUAUCAAGGAAACUGGAUGUGAUGUUGCACGUUUUGUAGCUUCAGGACGAGAAGAUAUUGAUGUACGAAUGCUCGGUAACGGAAGACCAUUUGUGUUGCAACUAAUCAAUCCCAAAAGAAUUUUUUCGUUCCAAAGACAUAACUUGAAGACCACAUUAAAACGUAUGGAGGAUAGUAUUAAUAAAAGUCUUGAUGUGAAAGUUGUUCCCGGUUUGAAGCAGAUCACGUCAGAUCAAGCAUCUCUGAUAAAAAAUGGUCAAGACGAAAGGCGAAAGUUAUACACCGGUUACUGCUAUAGUACACGAAAAAUUGACGAUUUUGCGUUGAAAGAACUUUAUCAUAAAGCACCCAUUGAAGUGAUUCAAAAAACCCCUGUGCGGGUACUGAAACGUCGUCCCUUGCUCGAAAGACGAAGGAUGAUAUUUUUCAUAGCAGCACUCAAGUUGGAUGAUUAUCAUUUCCUAGUCAGAAUGGAAACACAAGCAGGAACUUAUGUAAAAGAAUUCGUGCACGGCGAUUUUGGUCGAACUCGACCAUCACUAGCUGAUUUAUUGGGAGUUGAAUGUGGUAAAGUUGAUAUACUUGAGUUGGAUGUCGAGGGCGUUGAUAUGGAAUGGCCCCCAAAGUGAAACAGCUCCUCAUAUUAUUGUUUACCUUGCGAUGUAGUUAUUCAUACACUUAUUAUUGAGUACUUAUGUGUCAUUGUUUUUAGAAAUUUCUCCUUCUGUUAUGCGAUACUAAUUGACUAAAUACUUGUUUGUGCUAUCCUUAGGUAAUCUUUAUUAUAGCCAAGAAAACAUUCCAUAUGUCAAUUGUGGUUAUUUCAUGAUGAAUUACGAGCUCGAGUAGUACUGUCAUCGAUAUAAAGCAGUGUACGGAAGUGUUCAUUUGUAGUUUUUAAGUAAAUUCCUUUAUUAUACUAUUUCCUCC